AUGUCCUUGCGCGCUGUUCAGGCACUCGCCCCCCAUGCAUCAAGAAUUGGCCAACGAUCGGUUGUGUUAAGCACAGCUCGUUUCAACAAACUCCAAACAGUUCGGUAUUCCACCGACAAUGAGCCUUCCAGCGCUCCCAAAACCGACAAGCUCAUUCCCACUUGGAACGACUACUUCAAACUGCGUUCCAAGCGUCGCGUCUACGAAACGCUUUCAUAUGCUCCUAGUACUAUCAUUCCUGCCGUUGGUGCCGGCGCUUAUUUCCUCCAACUCCAAGUGGAUCCCACCGGUUCCAUUAUGGGAAUGCAUCCUUUAGCUGCGGCGGCCGUAGGUGUUUUUGGUGCCGGUUUUGGUGGUUUUUUGGCUGGCCCUGUUUUUGCAGACGCUUUCUUCAAAUUGCUUAACCGCAAAUACGUGCCUGAGAUGGAUCAACGCGAUAAAGAGUUUUACGAGCAUAUCAAGAGAAACCGAGCCGAUGCUCGUCUCAAUUCCAUUCGUAAUCCUGUUCCUGACUAUUACGGUGAAAAGAUCAAAUCCGUCGCCGACUAUCGAUCAUGGCUGAGGAAACAGCGUGAGCAUUAUCGCAAAGGUGUCUUUGGUGGUGGAGCCGCUGAUUUGGAGGAGUAA